GCGCGCAAGACUCUCCGCCAGCUGGCUUGUGUUUCGUCCGACGCCGACGCCGCCUCUUCAUAGAGGAAACGCCAGGAGCUGAAGCAAGAGCCUUCGCCUUACAGCCAGCCUUGCGCUUAACGGUCCGGGAAUUGAAGCCGUCGCCCUCGACUUGUUCGGCUAAUUCUGUGAAAAUGUCGCUGUACCCUUCCCUGGAGGAUUUGAAGGUGGACAAAGUAAUUCAGGCACAGACAUCUUUUGCUUCAAACCCAGCCAAUCCAGCAAUUUUAUCUGAAGCCUCAGCACCCACCCUUCAACAUGGAAACUUGUAUCCCAAACUGUAUCCUGAACUUGCCCAGUAUAUGGGUCUAAGCCUAAAUGAAGAAGAGAUACAAAGAAACAUGGCAAUGGUGCCUGCUGUAAAUUCUCAGGGGCUUGUUGCAAGCCCUUCUGCAAUGAAUUACAUGGUGGCUCCAGUAACUGGAAAUGAUGUUGGAGUUCGCAGAGCAGAAAUUAAGCAAGGAAUCCGUGAAGUAAUACUGUGUAAAGAUCAGGAUGGAAAAAUUGGACUUCGUCUUAAAUCAGUGGACAAUGGUAUUUUUGUCCAGUUGGUUCAGGCCAACUCUCCAUCAUCACUAGUUGGCCUGCGGUUUGGGGACCAGGUUCUGCAAAUUAGCGGUGAAAACUGUGCAGGUUGGAGCUCUGAUAAAGCCCACAAAAUUCUGAAGCAAGCACCUGGAGAGAGAAUUUCAAUGAUCAUCCGUGACAGGCCUUUUGAGCGAACUAUUACCAUGCACAAGGAUAGUACUGGGCAUGUUGGCUUUAUAUUCAAAAAUGGAAAGAUAACUUCAAUAGCAAAGGACAGCUCUGCUGCUAGAAAUGGACUUCUGACAGAACACAACAUCUGUGAAAUAAAUGGUCAGAAUGUAAUUGGCCUGAAGGAUGCCCAAAUUGCAGACAUACUAACAUCAGCUGGAAACGUGGUGACCAUCACUAUCAUGCCUUCUCAAAUUUUUGAACACAUAAUCAAGAGGAUGGCUUCAAGCAUUAUGAAAAACCUGAUGGAUCACACCAUCCCUGAAGUCUAGAAAUCUGUUUUUGGGUACAUCUGUAAUGAGAACUCCGCUAAACAUGGGCUAUUUAGUCUGCAACUUUUAUGUUCUGCACAUGAGCCUUUCUUUAAGCCCAAAGCAGAUAUACUGCCUUGAGUAUUUACAUUAUGAUGGCUGGGAAUGUCACAAUCCAACCUUGCUCAAACUUUGAAUUUUGUAGCCUUAUACUUGUCUGGCAAAAACCAGUAUAACACUUUUUCAUAGAGUUAUACUGUUUAAUUCAACACUUUAUAUAAGCCAUUGGAAUGAAAACUAAUGUGUCUUGUGUCUUUUGCUAUCUGUGAUCCAAGCACAUUGCUGCCCUUUGUACUUUUUCAGACGAAUUAGUUUUUUCUACUACCUUCUGCUAGGAAGGAUAUUUACAGUUAUGACUUGUAGUGCUUGUUAACUGCUGAUUUUAGUAACCAUGUUUACAAAGCAUGCCAGUUAAACUGAGCAUAACGUAUCAUUCCAUAGACAUUUUAAAUAGCACAGGUGAGCAUUUAGGUUUUGUCUUACUGCUGCUCUUUUACAAGUUGUUCUAAUGUGCUUAAAUUAUGUUGCCUUAACCAUAUUAAACAGAAAUAAAGUCUGAAAAACAAGGUUUUCAUUUUCUAACUAUACUGAUUAAGGUCCCUAAAUUUCUUUCCCCCUUCAAAAGCCAAUAAUUAGUAGUGGAAAGGGGGGGUGAGCUGUCAUGUUGAGGUGUGGAGCCUAGCUUGGAACAGUAUGUACAGUAACAUGAUUCAUUUUAGUUUUGAGAGAGUGUUACCUUAAUUUCUUGCCUUUCUGAAUUUUAUUAGUUUAUGUACAGCUAUUUGGCAACUGACAUUCUUUGAAGGCUGCUGCUCAAGACUCUAAAGCUUUCUACAAUGGUUGAAGUUGUUUACAUUGCUGGUCCCUAUUACACAGCCAUUUCAUUCUGCUGGUGAGGACUUUAGAAGGUAGGAUUGUAUAAACACAAAGGCCUUAACCCCCAUUUUUACAGGUAAUGAAUGCUGCUAUGUUCAUAUUAAAAAGUACUUCUCUACAUAAGGGAAUCCUGAUGCUUUAAAAGGAGCAUUAGAGCAGGGCUUGCAGAUGCAGUUGGACUAGCCAGCAGUCCACACCUACAGGGCCAAAGGCCAGGAAUGAUAGUUGUAGUCCAACAUCUGAAAUGGCAGUGGUUCAUGCUGUCUCUAGCAGCAAGGUUGCUAGUAAAGAGAUAUUUGUAAUGAGCAGGAUAACAUUCAGAGAUAGGAUACACUUAUUUUUUUGCUAAGGCCUGAGGUUUAUCCAUUUUGUGGAAAAUAUAGACAAAUAAUGUUAAGUAAAUUACUGCAGUUGCAAGUUAGAACCGCUUUGGUUACUGAAAAAUAAGUCUUUAUUUGACAAGCAUUUCAGGCAAUAAUAACAUUCAUAAGGAAAUACAAGUAAUAUUUGCAGCGUUCAACUAGGCAAUGGAGCUAGAGCUCUUUGAACUUCAGCAGGCAUUGCUACUUGUGAAGAAGGUCCUUUAAAAAGUUCACUUUAAAAUAUCCAUAUGAGUGAGAAGGCACUUUUUAGUAUUGCUGUUUCCAGAACAUGAUUUGUCUGUCUUCCCCUCCUGUGAUUAUGCUGCUGCAUCGUUCAUUCAUCCACAUACAUGUUACAGCACCUAGGAAAGAGACAUGUGUACAUCAGAUACUUGUUUCACUUACCAUUUAUUAUCCUCAUCUUUAAAUCUUGGUCUAAUUUUGUUAAUUCAUUGCUAGAUUUGACCAUAAUCAUCUAGAGCUGCACUACACACUAUUGCAGCUCUGCAUAUAUAUUAUCUUCAUAGGCCCUGAUCCAGAGACCAUCAGGUUGCACAUCAUUGCAACCAACUUUCAGGUGCCAUUUCAGAUUCUAGAGCAGGCAUCCCCAAACUUCGGCCCUCCAGAUGUUUUGGACUACAAUUCCCAUCUUCCCCGACCACUGGUCCUGCUAGCUAGGGAUCAUGGGAGUUGUAGGCCAAAACAUCUGGAGGGCCGCAGUUUGGGGAUGCCUGAGCUAGAGCCACAGCUAUACAUCCAAAUUUUGAUGAAUUCUGGCCUUUUGUUUCUCAGGCUGUUGCAAGGGAAAAUGAGCAAGCUCAGAUCUUAAUACUUCGCAUCAAGUUCUAAGGUAUAAAACAGAGCCCCAGGGUAUGAUACAUUCAAACACAUCCUAACCAGGAUCAGCAUAUUAAUAUCCCACUACUUAAAAUAUUUCAAAGUGUGCUUGCAGAUUUUUAAACAGUUGAGAAUUUCACACAUACCAGUAUGUCCUGCAAUUCUUUCUACUAUCUUCCCUCCAACAAUAUCCCAAACCAACAAUUCUCCUGACUGACUUCCUGAUAAGACGGUGUUGCCAUCCCAUUUGAAACAUCUGCAAAAAGCAAGUUGUUAGAUCACAACUGAGUCAGACAAUGCUACUCAACACCAACCCUCACCCUCGUUUUUAGCCAAGCAGUUUCUGUGUGCCCAAGGUCUAGAAAACAUUUUUUACCAAAAUAAUCAGUUUUCAAAUUACAUUUUGUAACCUACCCUGUGUCCAUUUGGUGAGGGGUAAACUGUAUUACUAUUUGUUCAUAAUUUGCUUUAGGUACCCAUGUACAGUAUAAGAAGGUUAAACCCAUUAUAAAUACACUUGGCUACUCAAGACUGCAAGUCAAAUUUUGAGUACUUGGAAGAUUCCAAAUGAGAAUACUUCAGCCUAUCCUGUGAGCACCACUGUCAGAAUAAGAAUUGUAGAGUUGGACGGGACCUUGAGGGUCAUCUAGUUAACCCCCUGCAAUGUAGGAAUCUCAACACACAGUUUCCCAUCCAAUCUGAAACAAUACUGGACAUACAUAUUAAACCCUUUGAGCAAAUGCUACACACAAAAUACAUUCUUAUAUAAGUAUCCAUGCAUGCAUAUGUGCGCACACCAUCACAUAAAGUGAUGUUUUUCACUAAACCAGGCAUCCCCAACCUGCGGCCCUCCAGAUGUUUUGGCCUACAACUCCCAUGAUCCCUAGCUAACUGGACCAGUGGUCAGGGAUGAUGGGAAUUGUAGUCCAAAACAUCUGGAGGGCCGAAGUUUGGGGAUGCCUGAUCUAAACAGACCAAUAUUGAUGGAAUUCAUUGGAAUAACUUGAUCUAACUCAGGAGCAGCCAACUCCUACCAUCCUUGUCUAUUGACCAUGCUGCCUGAGACUCAUGGAAGUCACACAGAAUCUGGAGGGUGUGCAUGUUGAUGGCCAUGGGCGUAGGCAGGGGGGCAGUUGCCCCCCCUAGAAGCAGGGCCGCUGGUGGCCAGCCUGCCCCGGUGCCGUCUCCCUUCUCCCUGGCUGGCUGUGGGGCGGGUGGAGGGAAAGCCCCAGAGCCGCGCAAAGCGUUUGGCUGGCUUUCCCUCCGCCCGCCCCACAGCCAGCCGACUAGAAGGGACGUCUCCCUUCUCCCUUGCUGGCUGUGGGGCGGGUGGAGGGAAAGCCAGCUUUCCCUCCACCCGCCCCGGCGAUCACGGAGGGGGUUGAGGGGAUCGGAACAGCCCGAUUUCGGGCUGAUCUUGGCGCCCCCUCGCCCCUGAACGACCAUGGCUUUCCUUGCCCCACUGUGGCCCCUCCCCCCCCGUGCCUUGGCCCCUUGCCCCUCCUAAUUUUGAUCCUGGCUACGUCCCUGUUGAUGGCUAUCCAUGAUUUUACAGAAAAUCCCUAUACGAAACAGCAGUGCAUUCCAAAACUUACCUUUGGGGUUCCUCCGAGCGCAUGGAAGAGAUGAUCAUUCCAGUUUGCACAUCUGUCACUUUAAAGUAGCCAUCUUCUCCUGUGCUUAGUAGGUGCCGGCUAUCUGUGAAACAAGGUAGCUGCUCUGGAUUAUUUAAGUCAACCCCACAAAAUACAUGCAGUCCAUUCCCAUGCAUAUUUAAAACGGGCCCCAUUAGGUUCUAUGGUUAGCUACUAGUGAGCAAAUCCCACUGCAUGGCAUAUAGGCUGUAAUGCCAAAACUCAACUCACAUGGUGCAACAGGAGGCUUGUUCAACUAGGACACUGAAUACAGAUACAAGCUGUCUUGACACAUGAACAACUGUUUACAGUAUAUGAGUGUACACUGAUUUGUACAGAUCAAUGGUUGUACACAAUAAAAUAGACUCUACACUUGAACAUUACAUUGUAAUAACUGAGUGUACAGUUCCUGUAUUGUGUUUACAGUUUCACUAACACUACACUUGCUCAAUGUUAUGUAUUAAUACCCUUUCUGUGUAGUCUUUAAAAUAGGCAGCUUUAUCAAUUACUUGUUUGCAUAAAGAACAAACCAUCUCCACCUAGGCAUCAGCAUAACUCCUCUGAAAAUAAUCUAAACUAGCAGAGUUUUAUUUUUAUUUUUAAACAACCAUAGGCAACUGUAAGGGUGUUUAUAAAUCCAACUUAGCUGGUGGUUUGCUUUACCAAAACAUCUCUACAUGACUUGGCAGAAAGGUUUUUUUAAGCAAACAAAAUUAUUUUAUGGAUUUCAUGUUUCAGGCCAACAAUGCAAUACAAAUUACUUAACACUAGGAUGUUUUAGUAGGCAAGCUACUACCAAUUUUCAUGGGUUACUUCAUUUCCGGUCUUUUGUACGACUGCAAAGUGAGGGUGGAUACACACUAAAAUUACAAAGCCCUGAUCAGAGGGGAGCAAGUUGGUUGCAAUCCUACACACACUUUACCUAGGAGUAAGCCCAACCAAACACACUGGAGCUUGCUUCUGAAUAAACAUGCAUAGGGUCACACUGGAUAUGUACAAAUUCAAUACGAAUGUAUUUGAAUUAUCUUGCAGCAGACUGAAGUAUUUUUCUUCACAAUGUAUAUAUUUUAGAAGACAUUAACAUAACAUACCGGGACUAAAAGCAGCAUCAGAGACAGUCCCUGAAUGGCAUGGAAGUUGAUGCAAGAUAGAAGCAGUAGUAACAUCCCAGAUACUAAUAGAUCCUUCUUUUGUUCCUGAUGCCAGCAGGGUAUAUGCAGCAUUCAAGUUGAUUGUAUUUACCUAGGUAAUUAAGCAUAUGUAUGCGAUGAUUAAAGAAGUAACAAGCACCAUGAAGCAAGAAAGGCACGUAAGCAAGCAUCUAAAGGGCAGCCAGUCAUGACUAGAGCACUUAAACAUUCAAGGCAAUAUGCACAGUGGCCUGGGUCCUAUAAACAGUCAAUGUAAUGGCUUUAUUGUAAUGUAUUUUUUAUCAUUUGAUUCUUAUUUUUUUGUAAGCUGCUUAAAGACUCUUGUAAUGAGAUGCUAACAAGUCAAAUAAAUAAAUCUUCUACACGGUC